AGGUAUCGUCAUGAAAGUGGGAGAUUUGUACUAUUUUACUCAGAUUUUUCACCUAACAUGCCCCGAAAUAGGCAUGGGGAAUUACCACUGCCUAGUGGCUGGGAAGUAGUAAGUGAUUACGAUGGAAAAUUAUUUUAUAUCGAUCAUAAUACUCGGAAAACAUCGUGGAUAGACCCGCGAGAUAGAUUGACAAAGCCCAAGAGUUUUGCUGAUUGCGUUGGAGAUGAGUUGCCUCUUGGCUGGGAAGAGAUUGUUGAUCCAAAUGUCGGCACAUACUUUAUCAAUCACUUAAAUCAAACUACUCAACUUGAAGACCCAAGGCUACAAUGGAGAACUCAGCAGGAACAAAUGUUGAAGGAAUACCUAGUCACCGCAAAUGAAGAUUUGGCGGCCAAAAAAGAGAUAUACACGGUGAAGGAACAAAGAUUGAUCCUUGCCCAGGAUGAAUAUCACCACCUUCAUGACACCCUGGCCGGAUGGAAGUCAUCAAGAACAAGUCUCAAUUCCAAUUCAAGUGUAGGAAGCACAAAAUACGAUCCGGACCUACUUAAAUCAGAUGUUGCGCUUGCCAAGAAUCGUGUGGCACGAUUGAAGCAAGAGUUGGAGCAGAUCAGGGCAGAGAUGCAGUACAAGGAAAAGGGAGUUGAGACGUUGACACGAGUUGACCAGAAGAUGACAGGCGACCAGGAAGUCUAUAAUAUCCACACAGCCAGGUCGAUGCUUGACAAAAUUAGAACAAUUCAGAAAUCUCUCUCCACAGGAGAGAAAGAGAAACAAGAUCUGAUGCAGCGUCUUGCCCAGUUAAAGGAUGACAUCUUGACCAACAAGCUCCAAGGUGGCUCAUCCCCUGAUGUCUCUCUCCUGUCGUUGCCACGGGAAGUCAGUAACACAGCCUCACAAACAGAUCUGACUGGAGAGGGUCUUCCAAGUGGUGCACGCCUGGCUGAAAUUGCCCGCAUGCGGUUAGUCUACGAUGAAGCCAAGAAGAAGGUGAACAGCCUGUCAUUACAGUUAGCAGGCAUAGAGGAAGACGUCAUCCCAGGACAGACUGAGUCUGACAAGGACCACCUGCUCCUCAUCCAGGAGAAGGAGCAGCUUAUGAGAGAGCUGCGUAGCAUCAACGUUAAGGGGCGUGGUGAGGAGGAGAUCCAUGGGAUCGAGUUACAGAUCUGUCAGUUGGAGAGGGAUCUCAAUAUGGCCAUGCAGAUUUCGAGUAAACAGAUUGCUGAUAGGUUAAAAUUACAAGAAAAGAAGUCCACAACCAAACGGAAAUUGGAUGAGGCUAUAAAGCAGGCAUCUUACUUAGAGUCUCAACUUAGGAGCUUGUCCCUGAGCACACUGUCGGCAUCCUCAGGAUCAAGCCUGGGCUCUUUAGGGUCACUCUCUGCAAGUAGUCGUGGUUCCCUCAACUCCUUAAACUUCACGGACAUUUAUGGUCAUUCUCUGUCGAGUGAGACAAAUCUUCAGGACUUGAAUCGGAUUUAUAACUUACUCCAAGGACACAGCAUAUCACCAAUCAUCGAAAUGCAAGCAACUGGUUCCAGCGAAAAUAUCAAUUUACAGUCCUCGUAUACCAGAGCCCUUGGAGGAAUGAGGCCUUCACGGAUAGGCAGCACGGGUGUCACUGGUUCAAAUCCCUCCCUGAUGUCACCAACAGGUGAUGCUAGUGUCACUGGUUCAAAUCCCUCCCUAAUGUCUCCCAUGUCAUCGUCACUGUCCUCAUUGUCACCUCCGAUUUCACCAUACGAUAUCGGCCCCCCGCCGAGCUACGAGCAACAUAUGAAUCACCGUCACGCACCACAAAUUCCCCACGACUCAGAAGAUCAAAACAUUGAGAACUUCCAAGAAAGUCUCUCACAAAUUCAAAGUAUUACAGACCAGGUGCCAAAUCCUGUGUCUGCUUCAGAAGUUGCGAUACCCGGUAUGAGUUCAGAAAUUCCGGUAAUGCAAACUUCUCAUUCAGAGACUCCUGACUCUUUUCCCCACAGUUCAGUAUUAAGGUCUCGUUUCAUUGGUGCAGACAAUUCAGAGACGGCCAUUAAUGCUCCGCUGAGUCCGAUAAGCGAGGACAGUUCUGGUGUGUGCAAUAAUUCUGGUGGGAACACGCGGAGUGUUUCGGCGGCAGUAAGUGACGAAUCGGUUGCAGGUGACAGCGGUGUGUUCGAAGCAAGUAUUAAACGACCAAGUCACCUCGUUGAUGUACUGGAGAUGAAUCUGGAGUCAGCUCAGGUGCAAAUAGGCCUCAAGUUUGACCGUUUAGACAGCAAACUCCACAUCAGCAUCGAGCAAGCAAGGAACCUAGCAGCUCUGGCAUUUGCUGAACGUUCAAAAGUGUGUAUAAAGGCAGCUUUGCUACCAUCCUCCCCCGGUGUCAACGCAUCAUUGGUCACAUCGCUAUCAAAGAAUCUGGACAAUCCAAAGUUUGACCAAGUGUUCCGCGUUCCUGUAUCUGAAAAUAAACUCUUCCACAAGAUUCUGCAGGUCAAUAUCUGGUGUGUUCGUGAACCUGCUUUAGAGGAAUGUUUGGGUUCCGUGCAGGUGAGCCUUGCUGACUUUGAGCCCAAGUUAGUCUCCCAGAAGUGGUAUAAUGUGCUAAGUUUUCGGUUCAUGGAAGCAGAGAGUACCUUGAGGCGGAAAGAAAGAGUGUCAACGAGUUCUGAGAAAGAUUCCAUUGACUCGCAACCAGAAAAGAAUCCCAAAGAAUCAAAAAGUGAGGGAGGAGACAAUCGUACAGUUUCUCCUGGUCUAUCAACGUGUGAAAGUGAGAGGCAAAAGGAGAUACGGUUACAUCCCAUUGUCGCCAGUCUAAGGGAGGAGAGUAGUGAUGAGUCAACGGUUAUCUCGUCGGGAACGUCAACAUUGACGCGGAACCAAGGAUUGGAGGAGAUGGCGCAGCACUUUGUUGAUAACUCUGAUGACGAGGAUGAUAUCAGCAGCAGUGAAGAUGACGACGAUGUUGACGAAGGACAGGAUUCGCAAGAUGCCUUGGAUUCUCCACCGCAAACGCCCGUCAUCCCUGAAGCACCUGAGGACACUUUCCAGGAGGAAGAGGCGUCUGUGCUGUGUGAUGCAGAGACUAAUACAGAGGGUGAAUAUCGUGGCUGGGAACGCAAGAGGUCUGAAGAGACAAUGAGAGGGAGCGCAAUACGACGAUCACAGACAUUCUCACCUACGGGUGGGAGAUUGGAAGGAGAUUACAGAUGCAAGCUGAAUCGUCGUGGUAGUGACAGUUCUGUACCACUCUAUCGGCGAGGACCAUUCCAACGGAAUGCCGUGGAGAGGAGAAGUUUGAGAUGGAAAAGGACGCCGAGUGCCAUUCCACCACCACAUCAUCAUACUCCCAAAGAUCAUGGUAAAGUGCGGACAAGUCUCGACCUCGAGUUAGAUCUUCAGGCAUCCGAGACCAAGCUGAGUCAUCUUCAGGAUGAGAUCGCCCGGUUAAGAGAGCUGGUGGGAAUGAUGAAAGAUACUAAAACGAGAGGAGAAGGAGAAUUGCCCGGCUGGUUCACUGACAAUGAAAAGCUACAGGAGCUCCUCAACGAAGCUGAGAAACUGCAAAAGAAGGAGCAGGUCGGUGAUGGGCAAGGUGUCUAUCAGAAGAAGAUUGUUAAGUUGUUAAGACGUGUCAGCAAGGAGGUUCAUCGCUUCCAGCGGAGAAAUAAGCAGAAGAAGGAUGAGCGAUUGUUCAGAGAGAAGAUGGCGUUCUUCACAACAGUCAACAUGAACAUCCCGGUCAUUCUGAAGGAGGGAGAGGAGACACCGGUCUCACAAGGCACGGACCCACAGGCACCACAUGACACACUGCUGGAAGAUCAUGGCUAAACGGGGUGACAUCAAUCCGCUGGUUUCUAUCUUGUUCAGCUCUUUACGAGCAUCUUCCUUGUCUCGGUGAUUCUGUCACGAAGCGUCGUCCAUGCUAAACUUGGUCAUCUGCUAACAGGGACUGUUGGCUGUCUUCGCCUGAUCAGUGAUUAUGAGAAAUGGAUUUUGGUUUGAAGGUUUUGUUUGAAAGGCAGUGUUGGUAUUAUGGAAUGAAUGCAGGUGUAAGGGGUAUUCCAGUGCUGUGCUAAAGGAAAGCAAAGAAAUUCCUCAAGGUACGGUACCAGGAACUAUCGUUCAGUAUGCAACAUAGGUUGGAUAUUAUAUCUAAUUAAUGGUGAACUUGAGAGAAAAAAAUAAUAUUGUUAUACCAAAUAGUCAUCAGGCUUGAAAUAUAUAUUCAAUGGGGGAGGAGGAAUUCAAUCUGGAACUUUCUCCUGUUUCUCAUGAGUGUUGUUUUGACCAGCUUCAAAGCUUUUAUUGAAGCUUAUUGAAUUGUGGAUAUGUGCUACAUGUAUCGGGUUGGUACAUAUUUGGGUUUUAAAUGUACAGUGUGUACAGAGUGAAUUUUAUAUUCUUAGCAUCAUGACAACAGAAAAGAUAUCAGUCUGAUGAGAAUGUUUAGGUAAACUUUGAUAAUCAGUAAAUUCAGGGCUUGAAAUGAUACUCGAAAAGACUUGGGCUGUUUUGAGAGAAGUUUAGAAAUGUAUGUGUAUUGUAGACUUGAUGUUCAUUUUGGUAUUAUAUAACUGCCUCUGGUUGCCAAUUUGUACUGCACUAUUUGUUUUGAAAGGUUUUCUUGUCCAGUUUUUCAGAGAGUGAUGGGUCGAAUCCGUCCUAAAGUUGAUGAGGAUUGCAGUGAACCAUCCAUUGUUAUUUUCUGUUGUCAAGAUCAUACUUUUGUGCGGCACACCUUAAGUUGAUCCAAAACGCUGACGUAUUAUUUAUUAGUUUGGAUUAGCUUGAGGUGAGCCGCAGUGACUGUCUCAUGGAGAGCCUCAGAACCUGUGUGAUUUGGACCGCCACAGGUGAUGGGUCCGAUUACGAAUGUCAUUUCUAGCAAAAGCACUUUACAAAUAAACAGCUGCUUAAAAAAUUUGUGAUUAAUAGAUCAUAGGGCUUCGAUGAGUGGUAUGUGUGGAUAAGUGUUGCCAAUAGUGUAAAAGUGAUGUCAUUUGUACCCAUUUUAUAGUUGACGCGUGCCCCUCAUGGGACGAAAUUUUGACUAAUAUUUGUGAAUAUUGUAAAUUCGUCCAAAGUCCAUACAUGUACGUAAAUUUUGUAACAUAAUGUAUAUUCCAUGCAUAACGCAAUGCAAUUAUCAAUAGAGAAACCUACAUGUAUCCUUGCUGCAUGUAUUAAAAACAAUGUUACAUGUAAUCCAAUCCAGUCAGGAGGUUGUUUUUCAAGUAAUAUCUUUAUUUUGCCCUUAUGUGAAGUUGAGGUUUUCCUGCCCAUAGGACUAUUAUCAUAAAAUGUAAAUCCUUAUUAUGUAUACUAGACAACAGAUGAUAUCCAUUUGAACAAUUGUAUACCAUAGGGCACCAGCCGCUGCGUGGCACUGACUGUCACUACGGUAUUAUAUUGUUGUGACAUCAAUGUGUUGUCAUUUUUCUCUGAGGUUUGAGGCCUGCCCUGAUGAAAGUCAGUGCCACCUAAUCGGAUGCAGAUACCCUUUUGUAGUGACCUGAAAUGGAAGUCUGGCAUGUUGCACGUUUUUGUCAACUUCAUGAAGAUAUUUUCAGACUGAAAGAAGUGGGGCUUUUAUCAACCAUCUACAGUCAAAUCUAAAUGGAGGGAUGCAACUGUGCGAUUUUGAGGAGGGCAUAUUGUCUCUUCUAAUGAAUGUCUCGUUUCUGUAGGGGGUGGGUUUUAUCAUUCUGUUGGGUUUUCCCAUUCUUACGAUCAUGUAAUUAUCAUUAUUAUUUUAUCUGUGUAUUUGUAUUUUUAUGGUAACGAAUGAAGUCUAUAGCAUUUCAUGUCUAGUUUAACAGUGGAAGGGUCUUGAAAUGUAGAAAUGUGACCAUCACAGAGUAUUGUCUUUGUUUCAUAAUUGAGAUGUGUUCAUUUUAGUAGUGUUUUGAAUAAAAUCAACAGAUUUUUAGCACAUUAUUUUGGUUUUAAAAGAUUGUCCAUGUAGAAGUUCUACAAAGUUUAAUUAAAGACCCUUUUGACUGAAAGAAUUAACUCAUUUCCUCCAGAUAUUGAAAGAUUCAGCAUUUUGAAUGAGAGAGAAUUAUAGGCUAUUGUUCUGACUGGUUUGUUUUAUUGGGUGAGGGUGCCAAUGUAAGUGAAAAGUUUCUGGGGUCAGUUAUAUUUGAAUACUCACUUGUAUAUGAUUUGGUUGAUAACACCCUUCAUGAAAGGGUACAAUUUGUACGGUUUUAAACAACAUUCCUUCAGAUUUGAAGAGAGAAUUUUUAGUUAUCUUAGCUGCCUUGGUGAGGUAUGUCAAAUUCUGUACGUAAUUUCAUUGUCAGUACCAUAUUGCGAUAGUAGUGAUGCCUAUCUGUCAAUUCACGGAUGAAUGAAUGAAUGAAUGAAUGAAUGAAUGAAUUGAAAAACUUAUAUUGGGCGCCUUUCCGUGGUCCACCACGCUCAAGGCGCCACCCCCCCUAAAUAGUCCUCAAACAAGGUAGUUUUGAGUUGCCUCUUAAAUGAUGUUUCUGGUAGAGCCCUGACGGAAACAGGAAGUUUGUUCCACAGGUAUGGGCCACAGCAUGAGAAGCUGCGGUCACCAUACCUGGACUUACUUCUUUUGAUUUUAAACGGAUGUUGAACUAGUUCUGGACAAUAGUCUGCCUUUAAGGUCUACGCCGUUUGUUCGAAACUCGAAAUUCGAAAUUAAAUUUGAGAUUUUCAAUCAUGUAAAUACAAAUUGAAUAUUUAUUUCAACAUCGCUGUUGCGUUCACCGAUUGUACCUUUACAGACAAAAACAAUGUAAACGAAUGGUGUAGACCUUAGGUAAAUCUACCUACUUACUUGUAUAAACCUUUAAACUUUCCAUCCAGUAAGUGUUAACUUCCUUGUUCCUCUUCUGACUUAGAAUAAGUUAUAAUGUAUAAAUGUAACAUUUAUAUUUUACAAAAAAUAUACA